GUUGUAAGAAGUCUAACGCAGAGAUACAAUGAUGGACGGCGUUGUGGUUCAGUCAGUGUGCUUCUUGACAGUUUUGUCUAUAGUUCUGGGUGUUACCUAUGAGCAGCAACAAUACCAGAACUACCCUCAACAGAACUACAUGGUACAACAGUAUGAGGCAAUAACAUGUAAUGAUCUCCUGUGUGGUGUGGACGAGUGUUGUGUGAGACUCACAGGUCUGCCCAAUGUGUGGCUCUUCUUAAAACUGCUGCAGGUCAAGUUACUUGUGCACGACCAAAGAAAUGUUCCAAAAGUGCAGACUGUCCCACGACCGCCCAAUGCUGUGCCCAGGUGUUCGACGCUACGUUUGCCAAACCUCAGUCUUGUUAUGACAGCAUGUAUGGCCCCUAUAAUGGUUUUGGCUCUAGAAGCAGUUAUGGUGAUAGCUACAGCUAUGACCACAGCUAUGGGUAUAGCAAAGCAAAUGAAAUUUCCUCGGAGUUCUUGAGUUCAAUAAAAGAAGGAUAUUGCGUACCACCGAGUCCGACUGGUCCUUGUUUUAGACCCGUGGGUGCAGAUGUUCCAGCGACAUGUCCUUGUUCAGAUACAACCAAAGUCUGCAAGAUGAUUUUGGAACCAUUUCCUAUUGGUAUAUUUAAUUAUUCAUUC